UAGGUCCCACCCCAACACCAAGGGGAUUUAUGCCAGUGACUGACACAUCCGUCGUUCAAAGGCCUGGGAUGACCCCAGUGCAAUCGGGCAACCCUACACAAUCGGCAUCAAUACAACCAGCUGCAGCACCUGCUGCACCCCCACCAACUGUGCAGACUGCUGACACUUCAAAUGUACCUGCCCACCUGAAACCUGUAAUCACGACCUUAACUAGACUUUUCAACGAGACCUCUCAAGCACUGGGAGGAUCACGUGCAAACCCAGCUAAGAGGCGUGAAAUAGAAGACAAUUCAAAGAAAAUGGGUUCCUUAUUUGCCAAGCUCAACAGUGGAGACAUUUCAAAAAAUGCUUCUGAUAAGCUUAUUCAGCUCUGCCAGUCAUUGGACAAUAACGAUUUCGGUACAGCACUACAAAUCCAGGUUCUUCUUACUACUAACGAGUGGGAUGAAUGCAACUUUUGGCUUGCAACCCUGAAACGGAUGAUUAAGACGAGGCAGAAUGUAAGGUAAG